CGCCCCCUUCCAAACAUGUGGCUGCCUCCUGUUCAUCAAAAAUCUAAGAUUUUGAACAAUCUUCGUUCUGUUUUCGAAAAAUAAAUUAUAGAAAAAGGAGGGAGAGCGGCUGAUGCGGUGGGGGAGAGAGAGAGCUGUCCGGCCAUCUCUUCGGUUCCGUCCGUGAUUCCGACUCAUCGGUCGAGUCGCCUUCGCCGGAGGCUCGGUUCCUGGCAUUUUGCUGAAAGUUGUGUCUGUACAGGAAGCUUUUUUCACUCUUUUCAGCAUCCUCCUGGUAAUAACAUUGGACCUUAGAGACUCAGGAAUGCUGAAAGAUGAGUCUCAUCCCUAGGAUAUCAGUUGCUGAGAGUCAUGGGGUUAUGUCACCAGCACAGGAUGGGCCCUCCAAUGUUCUCCCUGAGUUUGGGUCUAUAGAUCAGUAUUUGCUUUGUCUUUCUUCCCCGACACAUGAGGUGUCUCUGGACUUGAAUCAAGCGUCUAUUGCUUUAUCGCGUGAUCUCUGUGGAGACGGAUGAGAGCUGUGUCUGAAAGUGAAACCUAUACCAUUCUUGCUCUCUAUACAUACAUAAAUCUGAGUUAGCAGGUGCAAGUAGUACUUUUUUGUUGCACGUUUAAGUUGGUAAAUUAGGAUGGAAAAUAAGCCAAGUGUCUUAACUGAGAGAUAUGAGGUUGGGAGGUUACUGGGUCAAGGUACUUUUGCGAAGGUGUACUAUGGAAGGAGUGUCCUUACUAACCAGAGUGUGGCCAUCAAGAUGAUUGACAAGGAAAGGGUUAUGAAGGUUGGUCUGGUCGAUCAGAUCAAGAGAGAGAUAUCUGUUAUGAGGAUUUCUAAACACCCUAACAUAGUGGAGCUAUAUGAGGUAAUGGCAACGAAAACAAGGAUUUACUUUGUCAUGGAGUAUUGUAAAGGCGGAGAGCUCUUCAACAAGGUGGCCAAAGGAAAGCUGAGAGAGGAUGUUGCCUGGAAGUACUUUUAUCAGCUGAUCAAUGCGGUUGAGUUUUGCCACAGUCGAGGAGUGUAUCAUCGUGACAUAAAGCCAGAGAAUCUAUUGCUGGACGAGAAUGAGAAUCUGAAAGUCUCUGAUUUUGGAUUAAGCGCCCUUGCUGACUGCAAGCGCCAAGAUGGCCUCCUCCACACGACUUGUGGUACUCCUGCAUAUGUUGCUCCUGAAGUUAUCAGCCGAAAAGGAUAUGAUGGUGCAAAAGCAGACAUUUGGUCUUGUGGGGUGGUCUUGUUUGUCCUUUUGGCUGGUUAUCUCCCGUUUCACGAUUCUAAUCUAAUGGAGAUGUACAGGAAGAUCGGUAAAGCAGAGUUUAAGUGCCCAAGCUGGUUUGCCCCUGAAGUACGGAGGCUGUUGUGCAAGAUGUUGGAUCCCAAUUCCGAAACUAGAAUCACGAUUGCAAAAAUCAAGGAGAGUUCUUGGUUCAGAAAAGGGCUACACUUCAAACAGAAAAAGAUGGAGAAGCAAGUCAAAGAGAUGAGUAGCACUGAAGCUGGGGCUUCUGGUCCAAGCGAAAAUGGGGGCAGGGAAACUGAGGAAAACCACGAGGCAGUUCAGCCCUCAAACAUGAAUGCUUUCGAUAUAAUCUCCUUGUCUGCAGGUUUUGAUCUGUCAGGACUGUUUGAAGAUGUGUAUAACAAGCAAGAAGCUAGAUUCACAUCUCGGGAGCCUGCUUCUGUGAUCAUAUCAAAGUUAGAGGAGGCUGCCAAACGUCUGAAGCUGAAGAUAAGAAAGCGAGAUGCGGGUUUGUUCAAACUGGAAAGAUUAAAAGAGGGAAGAAAAGGGAUCCUGUCGAUUGAUGCAGAAAUAUUUCAAGUGACGCCCACAUUUCAUUUUGUUGAAGUGAAGAAAUCUAAUGGAGAUACACUGGAGUAUCAGAAGUUAGUGAAGGAGGAUCUGAGGCCUGCCCUGGCAGAUAUUGUCUGGGUUUGGCAGGGUGAGAAAGAUGGGCAGUCACUGCCUGAGUUGCAGCAGGAUCAGCCGCCGCCGCAUCCGGAAGAGGAACAACAGCAGCAGCAGGAACAACAACAAUCUGUAGAUAGUUCAGCUUCGACAGACAAGCAACAGCAGCAAGAAUAGCAACCGCUGUGGAACUGACGCUUAACAUUAGCCUAAAACUGCAGUUGCGUUUAGUGUUGAAACGCCGCCUACUUGUGGUAGAAAUUUUCCUUGAUCUCUAUAAAGUUUUGGACUUUGUGUUGUUUCUUGAGCAGUGAAAGCACAUAUGGACUUCCUUUUUUUUUUUGUGAAAGAUCCCAGUUUUUUGUUGUUCUCAAGUGUAAGAGCCAGGGAAUGGCAGUGCCUGAGUGCCCCUCAUCUGCUGUAUCAAUAAAUUUGUGUGACCAAGAAGAUAAA